UUUCUUUCAUGUUUUCUUCCUUUAAGGUCGCGUGUAUCACGUUUUUCUUACCUAGAGUGAACGUGACUAAUUUGGCCUUUUUAUUUUUAGGCAGUGGAUUAUUGAAUUUUGUAAAUAGGAUAUAGUGCAUGUUCACUCUAAAAUAAAUUUGUCUUUUUUAUUUUUUUAUAUCCCCUGUUUUUUUUUGAGAUCCCAUUUUUGACUUGGUACUUAUUGUAAUUCUAAUCUAUUUUAAUUCCUAUAUUUCAUUAAUAUUUUCGAUCUUUGGUGUUUAUCUUCGAAAUUACCUAUUUUUAGGAGGGAGGGAAAAAUUUUUCUUAUUUGCAUAUAUGCGUAUCUGCACUAGGUGUUGUUACCUUUUUAAAUUUAUGAGUCAUUCGUUUUUUCAGUUUCGAUUACAUUUUUGUAAAAUCGUAAAUUUCUUUAUUGAGCGCGUUUAAAUAUUUUGUAUUCCUGUUUUUGUCACAUGAUACUUUUUGAUUUUUUGUUUCAAUUUUUAAAUUGCUUAUUUAGUUUCAGAUUUUUGACUUUAAAUAAAUUGAUUUUUGAUCAUCAGAGUGGUGUGAUGACAGAUAUUCAAAAGCAACCGAAAUUAGCGACAAAAGAGCAAUUAAGACUUGCAGAGCUUCUCAUACAACCAGGACGUCAAACGUUAAAUACGACUGACGAUGCUGCUUCACAAAAACGACUUAAAAAGGUUAUCGAGCUUACAAACUGCACACCAUCUGCAGCUGAAGUUGCACUUAUUGACACUGAUGGUAGUGUUGAAGCGGCUGUUGCAUUGCUGCUUGAUAAACCAGAUGAGCUUGUACUUUGGAGUCAACAGGGUGCGAAGGCGCGCAAUCGACCAGUCAAGGGGGCGACAGGGGCUUCGAAUUCUGGAACGGGACCAACUGGACAACAGCAAUUCUCUAAAUCACUUAUGACAUCUUAUGGUGGCAGUGGACGUCGUGGAGACUCCCAGCGAGGAGAGAAUCGCUUCCGUCGUGAUGGACAGAAUUCUUUUGAAGGAAAACAAGGUCAAACUGGAUUAAAUCGGCAGAAGCGAACGCCUUCGAAUCGAAAUGGAGAACAACAGGAAAAUGGACAUGCUGACCGUGCCAAGUCACAUGAGCGAUUUGGAGACAGGCCUUACAAGCCUCGAGGCGAUCGUGUCAAUGCUUCUGGUGGUGCAACAAGCGGUUUUCGUCGUCGAAACAAUUUCAAUUCUGCUGGUGAUUCAUUUUCGAAGACGCCUAACGACAAUAAUGCUACAAGUGCUGGAACCUGGAAUGCAAACGACAACAAUUGCGGUGAAUGGAAUAAUAACAAGGCAGAGGAAAAAGCAAAUGAUGCGAGCUUCCCAAUUGGAACAUUUUCUCCUGGUGAAGAUGCUCAGAAUACAACAAGAGGGCGAAAUGCCGCGAACAGCAAAAAUGAUGAUUGGAAGAGCGGACCGCGUGUUUUCAUGCCAUCGACUUUGCAAUCUGCCAAUACCGCUAACAACUCAAUUAUCACUUCUUCGGUGGCUCAAGUUCCAGCUACCAACACUUCAAGCUGGCCAUCGUUGGAGCAUAACAGCAACAAUUUAAAUCAUGGAACAUCGGCAAAUACUUCUUUGGAUAUUCAACAACCGCCUAAACCGAAGACUUUUGCUUCUGUGGCCGCUUCCAAGAAAACGCAACCUCCGCCUCCGUUGCCACCACCAUUGAUGGUUAUGCAGCAGUUUAAUGAUAUCAAGCCAUCUUCCAAUGCCGUUUAUGAAUCAUCACAGGUCAAGCAACAGCAAAAUUGUCAGCUUCCACAUCGUCAACCUACCGAAAAUGAUUCUGUGCUUUUGGAUGUAAAGGCCACCAGCGGAAAUUGUCCAUCGGAAAAUACGUGGAGCACGACGGUCGACUGGGCAGUGCCUGUUAGUCCGAGAUUAAAUAGUGGCCAACCUGUUGUUUCUAAUGCAAACCAGCCACCUCAUUCCGAAUCAUCUGCUGCUGCAAUGGCACCUGUUGAUUCGUUUGGUUCAUCUGCUGCUCAUUCUAUAACUGUCAAUCAAGAAUACACAAAUCAGUUAAAAAGCGCUAUUGGACUUAUGCAACAACCACAGCAUCAAACUAAUCAUCAACAGCAACAAUCCACGAUGACCAGUCAGCAACAACAUUUAACAUCGCAGAAUUCUAAUAUCGCGCAAUCAAAACGACUGAGCACAGCUUCAUCUGUUGAAUUUUUCCAACAACAAAUGUCUCAAAUGCACGAUACACUUGCGGCUGAUGCUUCUGAUUUUGAUAAAAAAGUGGAAUUUGCUACCGGUGAUUUGCCACCUCCUGCUGCGGCAAAUAUGACUAGUAAUUAUCAAUUUGGUUUCGAUGAAAAGAUUGGUAUUCCAUCAGCUGCUUCUUUAAAUGAUGCCUGGUCAACUAAACAUAUUUCCUCAGUUGAAAUGGAUCGCUCAAUGUUAAAAAAUUCCACGGCUGCAAAUGUACUUAGCACUAUGACAAGUAUACCAACAACAAGCUCAAGCGUUACUGCUCAUUUUUCUACUUCUAUUCAUCCAGCAACUCAACAUCUAUCACACGAUUACCGAUCGCAGCAACAACAGCAGCAACAUCGUAGUGCUUCUCAGGCGGGAUCUGCAGCUCUUUCGUUUACUGAUACUGCUUCUGUCAAUUAUCCUCCCGCAAAUAAUUCUAACAGUGGAAUGCCUAACGUUGUCUCCUCGGUCAGCCAUCCUCCACAAGCAUCGUUAGUUCCUUCUACUACAUCUGGUUCUUCUCAAGCAAUGCAGCAACAGUCACAGCAUCAGCAACUUAACAAAACUACAACAUCAUAUUAUACAGCGGCUAAUCAAUCGCAACAACAACAGAUGCAUCCUUCAAUGAUGGCUGCAGCAGCAGCGGCGGCAGCAGCAGCACCUGUCUCUAUACAACAGCAACUUUCUGCAGCUUCUCAUCAUAUUCCACCACCGCUCACUCAUCAUUUGCAACAGCAUCAACCGCCUCCACAGGCAAUUUAUCAUCAUCACCAAACUUCAACUGCACCUCCGCCUGCUAGUGCUGUUGCACAGUUCCCGAGUUAUAAUAUGCCGUAUAUGUACUCUCCUGUUGCCACUGCACAAACUAUACCGGGAGCUCCAGCAGAGAUUGACAGAUUUUUGUUACAACAAUAUGGACCUUAUAGAGGAUUGGAUAUGCAGCUUGGUGCUAUGACGCUUGGACCGCCUACAACAUUAGCUCCAUCUCAUCGUAAUCAAUUGGAUUCUUUUAUGGAUAAUAAAUUUGGACAACAACAGCAAACAGGCAAGCUUUAGUUUCAUAAAAUCAUUUUUAAUUUUUUUUUUCUAUUUAGUAAAUCAGCAAGGUCAACUUUCACAUAAUCCUGUAACUGCAGCUCAACAGCA